AUGGCGGCAUUAACGAUGCAUGAUUGUGACAUCAACUCAUGCCCUGUUCCAAGCGGUUUUGUCAACACAACACCCCACCUGCCAGGCAACGCCGUUCUUUUGGCCAGCUUUGCUAUGGCCAUUCCCAUAAAUGUAUACUUUGGGGUUAGACAUGAGACUCCUCUUUACACCCUUCUUUUAGUCGCCGGCAUACUGCUCGAGAUCAUCGGUCAUAUUGGCAACAUUCUGUUGAGAGAUAACCUCGCCAGUCGUCCCUUCUUCACCAUGUACAUGGUGGGCUCCAUCACAGGUCCAACCUUUAUCGCUGCAGCGGUUUACGCCGUGCUGCCACACAUCCUAUCAGUAUAUGGCACGAGGUUUUGCGAGAUACCUUCGCCCUUGUGGCUUGGAUUGCUCUUUUUUGGCUUCGACGUCUUCACACUUGCAUUCCAGAUUGUGGGCUGCGUGUUCACUGUCGACGGCAUUGCAAGACCCGAGAUGAGUCAGGGCGUCAACAUAUUACUUGCCGGCUUGGCUAUCCAAGUUGCAAGUUUGCUGCUAUAUUUUGGCGUCUACUACGGAUUUGUGUCGAGAAUUUCAAGGCACCGAAACCGUCUCGAAGAGAAACAUUCCCAUAUCUAUCUUUCGCAACGCUUUAGGAUAUUCCUUGUUUGUCUGCAAUCAGCGGCGGCCUUGAUUCUCGUGAGAACAAUCGCCAGGAUAGUCCAGAUCUCAGGUGGCAUCGCCUCAGAUCUUUUUCAGUCUCAGACGCUGAGCCUGGUCCUCGACAGCGCUAUGAUUCUGCUUGCCUGUAUCGCUCUUACAGUUAUCCCGCCGGGCGUCGCGUUUGGAACUCGUGCCUGGAACGAGACUGCGCCACACAUGAUCGGCUUUUCUACAAACGGAACAUACAGGAGUGAGGGUAGCAGAAGCGUUCAUAACUACUCCCUUCAGUCCCACCGCGGUUCGUCGUCACCUGUGCAGGCGCCGUACCACUCCACACCCUACCAACCCAUCAUGCCUCUCCGCGGGCAGCAAGCCAGGGGUUAUGCGGAUCAGGUGCCGGCGCACUACCAGUUCCCAAACUUGCACAAGUCAACGACAAAGCCGCGGCCCAUCCGUGUGGCUCCCUACAGGCCAGACGACGACGACGGUAUAAGUAGAGCCGUGGGCAGUGCGGAACUCAUGCAGCCGGGGUCUGCGGGCAGCCAGACCAGUCCUCUAUCCAACUCACAGUAUGGAUACGACAAACAAGGCUCGAAGCGAUACUCGCCGCGGCAAAGUGACAUGGUUAAAGAUGAGGCGCUUUGGUGA